AUGGGCUCAGCAACCCCCCUUGAAGAUGCAAUCCGCGCAAAGCUGACUGCGGCUCUCAGCCCGCUGACGCUGGAGAUUUACAAUGACUCGCACCUCCACUCCCACCACAAGGCCAUGGCCGGCAACACCUCCAAGGAGACGCACUUCCGCCUCGUCAUCAUCUCCGACGUCUUCGCCACCAAGAUGCAGCCCGCGCGGCAUCGCAUGGUCUACGCCCUGCUGCGCGACGAGAUGGCCCAGGAGGGCGGCAUCCACGCCCUGCAGCUGCGGACGCUGACGCCCGAGGAGGAGCGGCGCCAGCAGAAGAAGAAGGCGGCCGAGGCG